CGGGCCCUACGCCCGCCCCGUCCGCUCUGCGCAGCAGUGGCGGCGGCACCGGCCCGUCUGUCCGCGGUCCACUCUGGGGAUACGUGGCGGAACGUCCGGAGCCACCAGCUCUUGGGCCGGUACGCACUCUCCUUCGUCCCGCCUGGACCACACCACGGCCCCCACCAUGAGCCUCGACAUCCAGUUCCAGCAGCUGACCGACGCCGGGUGGACGGAGCUCCUGCCCCAGAUCCAGCAGUGCCCAGUGGUCAGGAUUGAGGACUGUGGCCUCACCGAGCCCCGGUGCCGGGAUGUGAGCACCGCCCUGCAGGCCAACCCUGCCCUGACCGAGCUCAGCCUGGACCUCAACGAGCUGGGGGACGCGGGCGUGGGCCUGGUGCUGCAGGGCCUGCAGAGCCCCGGCUGCCAGCUGCGGAAGCUCAGCCUGCAGACCUGCUGCCUGACCGAGGCCGGCUGUGGGGUCCUGCCCAGCGCCCUCCGCGCCAUGCCCAGCCUGCGGGAGCUGCAGCUCAGUGACAACGCCCUGGGGGACGCGGGCCUGCAGCUGCUCUGCCAGGGACUCCUGGACGCGCAGUGCUACGUGGAGAGGCUGAGGCUGGAGUACUGCAAGCUGUCGGCCGCCAGCUGCGAGGCCCUGGCCUCCGUGCUGCGGGCCAAGCCUGGCUUCAAGGAGCUCGCACUGGGCAACAACGACCUUGGGGAAGCCGGCGUCCGCGCGCUGUGCCGGGGCCUGAAGGACUCGGCCUCCCAGCUGGAGGUGCUCAAGCUGGAGAGCUGUGGCGUCACGACGGCCAACUGCAGGGAGCUGGCGGAGGCUGUGGUGGGCACGGCCUCGCUGCAGGAGCUGCACCUGGGCGACAACCCGCUGGGCGACGCGGGGCUGGCUGCGCUGUGCCCCGGGCUGCUGCAGCCGGCCUCGCGGCUGCAGACCCUGUGGCUCUGGGAUUGCGGCCUCACCGCCGAGGGCUGCCGUGACCUGGGCAGCCUGCUGAAAGCCAAGGACAGCCUGAAGGAGCUCAGCGUGUCUGGGAAUGCGCUGGGCGACGAGGGGGCCCGGCUGCUGUGCGAGGCCCUGCUGGAGCCCAGCUGCCGCCUGCAGUCACUGUGGGUGAAGUCUUGCAACCUGACGGCCGCCUGCUGCCCCCACUUCGGCUCCAUGCUUGGCCAGAACCGGUCUCUCCUGGAGCUGCAGCUGAGUAGCAACCAGCUGGGGGACGCGGGCGUGCAGGCGCUUUGCCAGGGCCUGCGCCAGCCGGGCUGCAUGCUGCAGGUGCUCUGCCUGGGGGACUGUGACGUGAGUGAUGGUGGCUGUGGCAGCCUGGCCUCGGUCCUGUUGGUCAGCCCCAGCCUGCAGAAACUGGACCUCAGCAACAACUGCAUGGGGGACCCAGGGCUGCUGCAGCUCCUGGACAGCGCCCGGCAGCCGGCCUGCACCCUCCAGUACCUGAUACUAUACGACAUUUACUGGACGCAAGAGAUGGAGGAGCAGCUGCAGGCCCUGGAGAAGGCCCGGCCGGCCCUGCGCGUCAUCUGCUGAGCUCCGCCCUGCCCACCCCCACUGUAGCCUUGUCACCAUUAAAGCCCUUGUGCUGCCA